UGUUUUGGAAGGGAGGUGCAAUGGAUGGAUGCUUUGCCCCGCUACGUUUUACAUAAUAUUUCUCUUUAAACAGAAUGCACUCUCCCCGACAACUUUUAUCCAUUUAUGUGGUCGUCGUUAUUCCCGGCGGCUGCUAAAUCGCAGCGCGACGGUAAUAAAUGAUAACGGAGAGACGCUUUCUUCGUUAUAAUUUGAAGAUUAACGCUAGCUGAAGCUACACUCAGAGCUAACCCCUUAUUGCUCUGUCUACCACUGCAUUCGUCUGUCUCCUGCCCCAGGAAUGUUCUCCAAAAAGCCUCAUGGGGACGUCAAAAAAUCAACACAGAAAGUGUUGGACCCCAAAAAGGACGUGCUGACAAGGCUCAAACAUCUGAGAAUAGUCAUAGAGAAUGCAGAGCCCUCUGAGCUGAAGCAAUUCUUCGACCUGAACUACUCCCACAUCUACUAUGUCUUCUUCGAGAACUUUGUCACCAUUGAGGUCAGCCUCAAGCAGAAAGGUCACAAGUCUCAGAGGGAGGAGCUGGACUCAAUCCUCUUCAUCUUUGAGAAAAUCCUCCAGCUCCUACCAGAGAGAAUCCAGAGCCGAUGGCAGUUUCACAGCAUUGGGCUGAUCCUCAAGAAGCUGUUGCACACUGGGAACUCUCUGAAGAUCCGGCGCGAAGGCGUGCGUCUGUUCCUGUUGUGGAUGCAGGCGCUGCAGAGCAACGCAGAGCGCGAGCAGCUCUGCAUGUUCGCCUGCUUGAUUCCUGGCUUCCCGGCGCCGCUGUGCCACGGGACGCCACGCACCCUGGACACUCUGAUCAACCCACCACUGAGUUUGACCGAGACUCAGGUGACCCCAGAGGAAAUCACCCCGUUGGUCCCUCCACAGUCUGGUGACAAGAACCAGGAAGACCUCACUGCCUACUUCCUGGAAGCAUUGCUCAAAUACAUGGUAAACCAGGCCAAGUCUCUCGAGUGGCGUUGUAAAGAGAACCAUGAACGUGGCUUCAACUUCCUCUUUGGGCACUUCAGGAGGUUUUACCUCCCUCACAUCUUUCCCAACUUCGCAAUGGAAACCAGCCUGUACAACCCCAUCCUGGAUGUGCCUCCCAUGCGCCCUAAGCCCUACUACAGCCUGGUGCGCAGGGAGCAGGACGGCGGCGAGGCACUCUACUGCACCAAGGAGAGCUUCCUCCAGGCCCGGGUCAUCUUCAUCCGCUGGUUGGUCUCCUUUUGGCUGGAGCCGCGAGCCAACACACACACACACAUCCCUGGAACAGAGGGAGAAAAUGUCCCCAAAAACAUACAACGAGCAGCAGCCGGGCUGGCAGCUCGUUCUGCAGGCAGCUCAGAAGACAGCGGUGGAGGCGGGAUUCGAUCUGACAACCACCUGGAGGGGAGCGGGUCCUCGUCAGGUCCCCACGGGGCAGGCGGGGGGCCAUCAGGAGGUGCAGGGGCUGGGGUCGAGGGUGAGCAGAGCCACUCCAACACGUCAACGCUGACAGAGAGGGAGCCCAGCUCCUCCUCACUGUGCUCCAUGGAUGAAGAGCAGCUGACUGACAUGGAGGUGGUGAGGAGAGUCCUGACCAGCACAAGGACCAACGUCAACUUCAUCACUGAGAUCUUCAGACAGGCCUUUCUCCUUCCCAUGUGUGAAGCAGCAGCGAUGCGUAAAGUAGUCCGUGUUUACCAGGAGUGGAUCUCCAUGGAGGACAAGCCCGUGUUUAUGAAGGAGCCAGAGGAGGGCCCCUAUCCCAUAGCCACCGCCAACAGCCUGGAUGCAGGCUCUCAGCACGGAGACAAGGAGGAUGAGGGAACAAACAAAGUGACUGACAGUGAGUUACUGGAGUACAGUGUUCAUGCUGGAGUCCAGACUACACUACAGGUGUUCAUCACCCACUCCUCCAAUGUUUUCUUGCUGGAGCCGGCCAACGACGUCAAGAUCCUUCUAGAAGAGCACGUUGACAUGUGCAAACGAGUCCUCAACAUCUACCGCAGCCUGGUCAUGCACGAGACCAUGGAUCAGAAAACAUGGGAGCAGAUCUUACUAGUUCUGCUGAGGGUGACGGAGUCAGUGAUGAAAAGACCUCCAUCCAUCAUGCCCCAGGGCAAGAAGAAUAACACACUGUCUGGCAGACUGGCUGCAGCUAUCUUUCAGACGCUGAUAGUAGCCUGGAUCAAGGGAAACCUAAACGUCUACAUCAGCAGGGAGCUGUGGGAUGACCUCCUCUCUGUCCUCUCCUCUCUCACCUGCUGGGAAGAACUGGUCACUGAAUGGUCACUCACCAUGGAAACCCUCACCAAGGUGUUGGCCAGGAACCUGUACAGUGUUGAUCUGAACGAGCUGCCUCUGGACAAACUCAGCGAGCAGAAGCAGAAGAAGCACAAAGGAAAGGGUAUAGGUUCAGAGGGCCAGCGGCAAUGUGUGGAUCGCUCCUUCUCUAAAGGCUGGAGUCGGGACCAGCCCGGCCAGGCAGCCGCCAUGAGGCAGCGCAGCGCCACCACCGCCGGCUCUCCAGGCAUCGAGAAGGCCAGGAGCAUCGUCCGCCAGAAGACUGUUGCCCUGCGUAGCUGUUCUACGGGGGACUCUCUGCUGUCCUCAGCCUUUAUCCGCAGUGCUAAGAGUGCUCCUGCUCUGGCUCCGCCUCUUCCUGUCCUCCUCCACCACCACCACCCCUUACUACCCCCCCUAGCUGACCAGCUGGCAGACCAGGAGGAUCCACCAAUCACCCUGACACCCCGCCCCUCCCGGAUGCGCCAUUCCUCCCAGAGUGAGGAGGCCCCUCCUAUCUCCUGUUCUGAAGUGUUCCAGGGUGGGGCUUGUGAUCUGGAUGGCCCACCCCCUUCCUCCCUUGCAAGGAGCAGCAGUGCCUCUGACAUCAUGGAGCCCUUCAUCGCGGAGAGGGUCAAAGGUGACGAGCCCAAAAGCGAGCUCCAUUCGAUCCCCGAUCCCCUUCACCACCACUCCACCACUACUUCCUCACUCGCAGCCAAUAGCCUUGCUGCUCCAACACCCCCACACCCUCUCCACUCCCCCUCCUUUUCCGCCCCUUUUACCUCCAAUGGUGUUGUUUCAUCCUCCUCCGAGGGGCGGGACAGUGGUAGCUUGUACGACCAGCUCUGGCAUGAGAUUGGCUCUCGAAGCAGGGGCUCAAGUUCUGAUUGGGUGAGCGGUUCUGAUUCCGCUUUCACAUUUUUGUCUGAAAGGGAAAUGGAUGCAGAAGAGGGAGAUGUGGGGGCUGGGAUAGAAGAGGAUGAUUUGUUCUCCUCUAUUAGGUAUUAUCUCACCCACAGAGAAAAUGAGAAAAGGGAGGAGACAGAGGACAAGGACAAUAUUAGUCAUUCAUUAGAAACUACUGCUGCACCUUCACCUGUCUCUGUGCAAACAGGGGUAGCCAAAGCACAAAUGGGACACACAGGACAGCUAGGAGAGGCAAGACAGGUGGUCAGAGAGGAUAGACAGACUGUUAAAGAGGACAGACAGGUAAGUAAAGCAGUGAGACAUAGCAGUGUAGAUUCGACAGAAGAGAACGAGGCAGAGCAGCGUAGCAUCUAUGAGUGCCUAGAGUUACAGUGUCAGUGGCAGCCUCCUAGCACUAGAGGGAGCUCCAGCUUAGAAAGACAGACUGGGGAGAAGGAGAAAAGAAUAGGAGUUGUCAACACAGAAAGAGGAGCAGGGUGCGGAGGAAAAGGUAAUAGGUGGGAGGAAUUGGAGGAAGAGAGGAGAGGAGAGCUGAGAAAGGAGGAUAAAGAGCCAGCAGCAGACAAGCAGUCCCGUUUAAUCAGACAAGACACUACUGAGAUAGAAUCUAGCACUGAAGCAAGCCAACUUCCCUCGGACCAAACCAGGUCCAAGACGGCCCAGGGCCGCUCAAAGAAGCGCCAUGGUAGCGGGGUUCAUGUCAGUUUCCGGCCCUCAACUGAGUCGGUCCAGUUCCACAACCCCCUGGAGAGCAAAGAGGCCCACUGGAGAGCCAGGCUGCGCCGCCUCAGCCACUUCCACACACACAGUCACUCAGCUGGGGAGAGGCCUGGGGCCGGAGCUGGGGUCGGGGGGAAGCUAGGGGCAGGGGGUGCAGGUAAGUCUGGCUCUGUGGCUAGUGUUAGCCAUAAAGGAGGCGCAUAUGAGAAGUCAGUGUCUGGGGACCUUACGGUAUGUGGGGAUCAUGCCGGGUCAGGGGGCGCAGCAGGCGCUGGAGGUCUGGAAAACAGGGCUGGGACUGGAGCGGGGGACAAGGACAAGGAGCACCAUCCUGGUUCCAGUUUGAGAUCCAGUCCGGGCCCUGAGGGUCACUCUGAGGCAGUAUCAAGUGGGUCAGGUGUCUCUGGCUUGUCAGCAGGGGUGCGUGGCCGUUUGGGGCGUUCAGCCCUGCGACACCGAGCCUCACGUUCCCGCUCCCAGGAGCCAGGUAGCACUGCCUCACGGCACCACCAGGUGGCUCUGCUGGGUGGUGUGUAUAAGACUGUGGUUCAUGCCCUCUCCUCCAAGCCCCGGCCCCGAGGUCAAGGGUCAUCCCAAGGCUCGUCGCCACAGCGACAGGGCCGGGCCACCAUGGGCGACGCAUCUCUAAGAGACCUGUACUCCCAUGUCCUGGGCUACUUUGGACGAAAGACGACGUCGCCAGCCAACAAAGAGGAGGUGGUUCCAAAGGCCCGUCCAGUCUCCAGUGAUGUGGGAAGCACGAACCCAAACUUCUCAGACCUCAUGGAUGAGUUCAUCCAGGAAAGACUGAGAGCCAGGGGGACAGCGGGCCGUCGCGGCAGCAGCCCAGGGAGUCUGGAGGUUCCCAGGGACCUGCCGGAGCUCCUGGAGGGGGGUCAAAGCCAGGGGUCAAGGCCCUCAGAUGACCUCCGGCCUAUAGACGACCCCGGGGUGCCCUCUGAGUGGACCUCACCUGCCAGCGCCAGUGGUUCCGAUGUCAUCAGCUCAGACAGCCAAUCCGACUCCUUUAAUGCCUUUCGAUAUUCCAGCUGCAAGUUUGACAAUUUUGCUUUCAGCUCAGAGACGUGUGGCGGAGGAGCUGGAUCAGGAGGAAGUGGAGGAGGAGGGGGGAGAGGCAGCUCCCUGGACCAGGACAGUUUGGGAGGGGGCGUGGCCUGUGAAGAACAGGAAGUAGCCAGUCUGACGACGCUACACAUCGACUCAGAGACCAGCAGCCUCAGCCACACUGUUACUGUCACUGGUUCAGAGAGCGCAUCUCCCAUGCACUCCUUGGGGGGCUCUCGCUCCCAGACCCCCUCUCCUGCCACCCUGACCGCUGAACACACCGACCACACACACUCCCACUCGCACACACACCUGCAGCUGGAUCAGAAGCUGCACCACUCCGUCCUGCAGACGCCCGAUGACUUGGAAACCAGUGAGUUCCCCAGUGAAGACUGCAGUGUAAUGGCAGGCGGCUCUCUGACUGGUUGGCAUGCCGAUGUUGCCACGGUAAUGUGGCGGAGGAUGCUGGGUAUUUUAGGAGACGUUAACAGCAUCAAAGACCCCGAGAUUCACGCUCAAGUGUUUGAUUACCUGUGUGAACUGUGGCAAAACCUGGCUAAGAUCAGGGAUAAUCUGGGCAUUUCUCUGGACAACCAAUCAUCUCCUCCGCCUCCUGUUCUGAUCCCACCCCUGAGAAUCCUCACCCCCUGGCUCUUCAAGGCCACCAUGCUGACAGAGCGCUACAAGCAGGGGAAGCUCCACGCUUAUAAGCUGAUCUGCAGAAUCAUGAAGAGACGACAAGACGUUUCCCCAAACACAGACUUCCUCACGCACUUCUAUAACAUCAUGCACCAUGGAUUGCUGCACCAAGACCAGGACAUAGUGAACACCAUCAUCAAGCACUGCAGCCCCAGGUUCUUCAGUAUCGGACUGCCUGGAGCCACCAUGUUGAUCCUGGACUUCAUUCUUGCUGCUGCCAGAGUCACCGCCUGCUCGUCACUUAAUGCUCCCAGAGUGGAGGCCCAAAUCUUACUGGGAUCUCUGGUGUGUUUCCCUAACUUGUAUGAAGAACUGCCGGCCCUCCAUCCCACCAUGGCUGAUGUGGUUCUCACCAAAUUCACCGACGUCAAGGAGCACAUCAUUAAACACAUCCUGACCUCUGCCAGAGACGAACCCUCAGCUCCUGCAAGGUGUGUGGCUCUGUGCAGUCUGGGUAUCUGGCUGUGUGAAGAGUUGGUUCAUGGGACUCGACACCCGCAGAUUAAAGAUGCUCUCAACGUCAUCUGUGUCACUCUGAAGUACCCCAACAAGAAUGUAGCACUGGUGGCAUCGGACAUCCUCCACCUUCUGAUCAGUUACGUGGACCAUCUACAGAAAUUCCCCCCCGACACUCCCAAGAAGAUCGUAGAGAUUUUGAUCGCCACCAUCACGUACCUGCUGCCUUCUACUGAAUCCUCUCCUCAUGAACUUGAUAAAAGGCUGGUCGUGUCCCUUCUGUUGUGUCUGUUGGACUGGGUGAUGGCUCUGCCUCCGAAGACUCUGCUGCAGCCUGUUCAGACCCGCAGCCCCCCAGAGAGAGACCAGCCCACCAAAACCCUGCUCAGCUGCAUUUACAAGGUGCUGCACGGCUGUGUGUACGGAGCCCAGUCCUUCAGCAGUCCCAAAUAUUUCCCCCUGCAGCUGUCGGACCUGUCCAGUCCAGACUAUGACCCGUUCCUGCCCCUGGAGAGCCUCAGAGAACCAGAGCCGCUGCACAGCCCGGACUCGGAGCGCUCCAGCAAGCUCCAGCCCGUCACUGAAGUGCGUAGUCGUAUCCAGCAGGGCCUGGUCUCCAUCGCAGCCAGAACAGUGAUCACCCACCUAGUCAACCAUCUAGGACAUUAUCCCAUGUCUGGAGGCCCAGCUACUCUAACUAGCCAGGUGUGUGAGAACCAGGACAACCCGUACUGUGAGAGUGCAGACCUCGGACCGGAGCUUUUCCACUCACCAAAUCUUCAGUUCCUGGUUUUGAACGGCUCCACGCUGCUCUCAGUGCUGCAGAUCCGGUCAGAGUCCGGUGUACCGGGAGGCGGUAUGACGGCCGGGUUGUCCUCGGCUCCCACUUGUGUCCGCAUCAUCAUACGAGACGUGGCCGGAAAACACUCCUGGGACUCUGCCGUCCUCUACGGGCCCCCUCUGUGUCCCCCACACAGCCCCACACACACGCACGGACAUGCACAGCCCCCACACACGCCAAAUCUUCACUUACAAACCCCACCGGGAGGUCUGCCGAAAAACAGGGGAUCGAAGAUAGGGGAGGAGGAGGAGAGGGAGGUGGAGGAGGGCCGAAGCGGGACGGAGGGCGACAGGGAGGAGAUGCAGGAAGAGGGGGAGGAGGACGAGGAAGAGAGGAAAGUCAGCGAGGAAGAGAAGGGAGAGAGAGUAGGAAGAGCAGACAGCAGAGAAGAAGAAGACGACGAGGCAGAUGGGAAGGAGGUCGGAGUGGAUGGCGGGCAGGGAGAGACGGGUUUGGAGCAGCUCCUCGCGCCGCCAUUGGCCAAGCGUGUGUGUCGGGAGGCGGUGCCGGCAUGGGAUUCGCUGAGGGAAGGUGACGAUGCGCUGGACGAGAUGCUGCAGUACCUGGGAUACUCGAGUCCUGAGUGUCUGCAGAGGGCAGGCAUGCCACUCAACAUCCCAGCCCCUCCCCCAGCCUGCGUUUCGGAGAAACAGGAGAACGAUGUGAUCAAUGCCAUCCUGAAGCAGAGCGCCGCUGAGCGAGAGUUCGUCUUCCACAAAGGUGAGGAGCUGAACAUGAGGGCAGUGCAGCAAACUGAGCCAGAGACCCAGACGCCGCAGUCUGCCUUCUACUACAGCAGACUGUUGAUCAACAUACUAGGACUCAACUCCUGGGAGAAGAGAAGUAACUUUCAUCUGUUGAGGAAGAAUGAGAAGCUACUGAGGGAGCUGAAGAACCUGGACUCGAGGCAGUGCCGUGAGACUCAUAAGAUUGCAGUAUUUUAUGUGGCUGAAGGCCAAGAGGACAAACACUCCAUAUUAACCAACACAGCGGGCAGCCAGGCUUAUGAAGAUUUUGUCUCUGGACUGGGAUGGGAGGUGGACCUCACCACUCACUGUGGCUUCAUGGGAGGCCUUCAGAGGAAUCGAAGUACAGGCCAAACCACGCCCUACUACGCCACCUCCACCACCGAGGUCAUCUACCACGUGUCCACCCGCAUGCCCCACGACCAGGACCACAACCUCACCAAGAAGCUAAGACACCUGGGUAACGACGAGGUCCACAUCGUCUGGUCAGAACAUUCCCGAGACUACCGUCGAGGAAUCAUCCCCACUGAGUUCGGCGACGUCCUCAUUGUCAUCUACCCCAUGAAGAACCACAUGUACUCGAUCCACAUUCUGAAAAAACCUGAGGUGCCAUUCUUCGGCCCGUUGUUUGACGGCGCCAUUGUGGACGUGAAGAUCUUGCCCACUAUGGUCCGAGCCACAGCCAUCAACGCCAGCCGCGCGCUCAAAUCCCUCAUCCCUCUAUACCAGAACUUCUAUGAGGAGCGAGCUCGUUACCUAGAAACGAUCGUGCAGCAUCACCAGGAGCCGACUACCUUCGAAGAUUAUGCCGCUCGGGUCUACAGCCCCGCCCCCUGCACACACCCACCCUCCGACACAGGCUCCUGCCUAGAGAUUCUUCGGGGAGAAAGUCCGGCACUUGGGGAGGCCGGGAGCGACUCGGCGUCCCCCAUGUCUCCUCGGACUAGCAAGAGCCGCAUGUCCAUGAAGCUGCGGCGCUCCUCGGGAUCGGCCAACAAGACCUGAGCUUCGCUGUUCCCACUGGCCCAGUGAGAACUGACCUCCAUAUCACAUUCGCCAAUGGAACCUGACUUCCCUCUCACAUACGACUUACACCUCGGACAGGCCCGGGCUCAUGCCUCCUGGUGGUCCUCUUGUUGGUUGCGUUCAGACGUCAGCGAGAAAGAUGAGGGAAUUUGGUGUAAAAUGAUAUUACAGAGUACACUGACACAUAGACGACUGAAAGCAGUUGUUAUUGAUGGAGAUGGCAUACUGGUUGCAAAAGGCAAAAUUGAGGUUCUGCAAUUUUUAUUGAAUUAGUUGGAAUUAAUAACCUCUGCUCUGGAGGAAAUAGGUAAUUAUCCUCUUUCAGCAGGGGAAAUGAUUGGGUGUUUUCUCAGGAAUGAACGUAACCUUCAGGGGUGCUAGCUGUCUGUCCCCCUCCCUAAGCCAAUAGCCAAUCUCCCCACCCGACCCCCAGCCCGGCUCAUCCCGCCUCCUCCAGCAUGCUGCCGUUCUAAUCGGACACUGGCCUUUUACUGUACAGAAACCGCUUUGACGCACAAUUGUACACACAAAAAAACACACAUACUAGUGUAUUGUAGCUACUCUACUGUACUGUUCUGUGCUGGACUCUAAAAUACUGUACGUUUUAUAUAUUGCUGCGUUACGCCUCAGCCUUCUUCACAAAACAGCAUAGAACCAGUGGAAGCAGUUUCUGCAGCAUGCUGAACUAAUCAAUGCCACAGUAGAAACAGCGUUAAAACCAAGCGGCAGUAGAGCAUAUGGAAGUGUGCCAUGAUAGAAACCCCUCGGGAGACCAGUGUGAGCAGCACUGCGAAAGGCUGAACUGAACUGUUACCUUGCUACGCUGUGCUUUUUACUCAGCCGCAUCUGUAGGAAGCACAUGUACAACAGAUACAACAGAGUGGAGAGCAGUAACGCUGUGUUGCGCUGCUCCUGGAAGUGGCUACGAGGAAGCUGUAUAUUUGUACUAUAGUCUGUCUGCGCAUCUACUGGCAGAAACUUGAGUUUUGAUAUAAAAAGAGACGGGAACGUUUUCACAGUGACGGCAUGGAGAAAGCAAGCCUGAGAAAAGUCUAUUUUUGUCCCUAUAUAGAGAAGGACUGGGGUCAUCUACCGUUCAAUCCAUUCAAAAUGUAAAUAGAAACUUGUUCAGUUGCUAACAGUAGAGCUCUUUAAGAGGGUGGAUGUGACGGCCUUCUUAUGCCAAAAUAUUUUCCACCCCACAUCCCCGCAUCGAUUGGAUUGGAAGUGAUUUGACCCCUCCGUCGGUGUGGAGCACAGCGAAGAGCAGUGUUACAGUAAUGAUUGAUGGGGAGGGGGGAUGUUGGUGUAUUUUGUUAAAGGAAAUGAAUGAGACGAACCGAUCAAAAAGCGAGCACUUGUUACAUAAACAUUUUUUUGAUUUGCUGUUUUUUUUUGUUUGUUUUUUUUUCACGCUGUAAGAAUGUGGAAAAGCACUGUUUCUGAAUAUGGCGCUCACUACCGUUUAUUUUUUCCUCAAACAGAUCAAAUGUGGAGGUUUGCUUUUUUUGUUUUUUGUUUUUUGUUUUUUGGUUUGUCUGUUUUUUUGUUUUUUUAAUUGACUGUAAAAUGUGUUCCCAAACAAGAAUGUUGCUGUAUUUUUAGUUCAGUGUCAGUUUGUUAUCUGAUGCAAUGGAACCACAGCUUUUCUUUCUUCAUUCUUCUGAGUACAUAUAUUCUGUAUAUCUAUAUAUGUAUGAGUAUAUAUAUAUAUAUAUAUAUAGUAGAUAUAUGAAUAUCUAUAUUGAAUGUGUACAGUGUGAGAAGGCUUGUUGUGUAUAUAUAUAUACUCUUAUGUGAGAAUAGCUGCCAAAACCAAACCAUGGUUUAACCUCAGACCAUAUCCACUAAAGAAUUAACACUACGAGAUUUUACGCUUCAUCACUUUGAUGUUUGUAAACAAGGCGUUAUUCAGUAGGAAUUUACAGAUCAGCUUAUGUUAGGUCAAACACUUACAGAGUCCUUAAAUGUAUCAGACGCCACUCAGCCACCACAGCCACUGUAUGAAGAUUUUGGGGGAGAAUCGUUUUUCCCCUUGUGAGGAGAGACGGGACGGGCUUCAUUUAUCAGCAAACCCACUUCAUUCAUGUGCGCAACUAACGUUGCUGCAGCUGCUUUUUAGUUUCAUCCCUAAAAUUUGCCAAAAAAAUUCAUCCCUGAAAAAGCAUCACCUCUUUCAAACCCAGUGUGUGUGUGUAUGUGUGUGCACGUGUGCGUGUGUGUGUGUGCGUGUGUGUGUGUGUUCGAGAAGCUUCAGCUCAUUAUUUCGACAUUUUCCAGCGUUAGACACAUGUUGCUAAAUGAAGCCCACUGUCUUUGUGUUUGAGGUAGUUUGAGAGGCGGACUGGUACUGGCAGUUCUUCAUCACCUCUGCUAUCAUCUUCAUUAUCAUGGCGAUCGAAAGAGGGAAUGAGGGAGAAACAAAGGCUGUACAUACGAGAGAGAGAGAGAGAUGUUUUUCCAUGGCCAAAGAGCUGAGAAAGAGAGAGAUGGUCAACUUUUCUAGACUUGGAUUUGAAUUUUUUUUUUUUCUUUUCUUUUCUUUGGACUCGUCCCCACCAGUUCUGGAUGGAGGGGAUCCGCAUGUAUCUAAAUCCAGAAACGUAGCUUGUGCAUAACACUACCAUUAACCUAAGGAUCUUAAUGUAUUCAGAAGCUUUAUGUCCUCCUCCCAGCACUCCGUUGGUACGCCUCUCAAACUAAAACAUCGCUCCAAUUAUUAAAACAAUAAAUUGCUCUGUAUCCGAUCUGGGCAAGACUAGAUCUCAAAUUGUUUAAUACAGCUGAUUUACCUCCGUAGCCUCAAACGUGUCGACUUCGACGUGGGUUCAAGAAUAUCAGGGCUGUAAGUCUGGAGAUUUAUCAGGACACAACAUUCUUCAUUUAUUUUUAAUGAUGGGUUAUUUCCAGAUGUAUUUUUCAUGUCGUAAUGAUCACAUCACUGAAAGCACGGUAUUGCCCAGAAGUGCUUUGUGUCAUCAAGGUUCAGCAGCACGGUGCCUCACCAGCUGAACUGAGAAGUGGACUCCACAACUGUUUCUGCUGUCUGGUAUACUUGUGAUUUUUUUUUUCUUUUCAGCCAUAGUUUCUCUGUAGAGAGGAAAGGGAUUGUAAAAUGGCAAAUAUUUAAUUUUGUCUGCUUUUGGGUUGAAAUGGCUGUCUUUUAAAAUGCCAUUGUACAAUGAGGUCAAAUUCACAUUGUCAUUUUUUUUGUGUGUGUGUGUUUUGAAUAUUUGUGGUCAAAAUUUGAGUUGUCCCUUUAAAUUAUUGUUGUUGCUGUUCUUUUUAUUAUUAAUGACCAAGAGAGUGGACUCUGAGGUUGAAGCGCCGUUCUCCUAUUGGUCCUGGAAUGAGCUGCCUCCCUCCUUCUGCACCAUGAUUGGUUGAGACCAGUGGUCUGUUACCCCCUGAGUGCACCAUGGGACUGAUCUGUACAUGCUGUAAAUAGACUACAGCUUACUCGCCAGUCACUGGCCACAUCCCAAACUCUCUCCUAGGACGUAAACCGCCCAGCCGCAUCCCGUUUACACUCCGACAGCCUGACCGUGUUCACUGGUCACAUCCCAAACUUACUCCUUAACCCCAGCUCCUGCUUCCUGGGACCCAGUGGUGUUCCUUGUUGCCUGGCUGCACCCCAAACUCACUCCUCGCACCUAAACUACACGGCGACACCCUGUUUACACUCCCCACAUUCUUUACCCAUGAUGACUCAAGUCCUCUAGCUGCAUCCAUGUCCCAUGGGAAAGACGGCACAUCAGAGCUUCCUACUUUAAAAUAUCAUCUUUCAGGUGGCAAAUACUUGUCACAUGGGCACUUGCACAUGCACAAGUUUAAAAACUGGUCAGAAGCAACCUAAGUCUGCAGAAAUCUUCAGCUGUGGCAUUUUGACAGCUUCACAUGCGUCUGAACACUGCCUAGUCAUUGCAAGUGAUUUGAACCGUCAUUCCCAUAUAUGAUUUGAAGGCAGCAUGAAUACCCAAAGCCAUUAAAGCUCUAUGGGGAACUCAUCCAGCAGCACCAACCCAUCACAUCUACUGAGGACUGCAACUGUUUUUGCUUGAAUAAAGUGAUAUUUUUAGCCUUUCGGCCCAAAUCUGAUGUUCUCAGCUGUCUGAGUUGGCAAAAACAGGACUUCACUUACUUCAGUGUUUUCGGGCAGCCAUGACAGCAUCAGAAAUUGGCCACAAGAAUAAAAUCUGAACUUCUGUGCCUAUGUAAGAUUUCAGCCAGUGAGCGUGAAGGCUGCAGUCCAGAGGGUGGGUUUGGGACGAAGCUGAUGUAUGUAACUACUGACUAUACAUACUGCAUGACACCAGUUCAGUACUAACUGCAUGUGUUGACCAUUUAACAGCUGUACCACAACACACACAUGCACACACGCGCACACACACACUCCAAGAAGUAUAUUAGUGUCAAACCUAUAGUAUGUAUACAUGUAUAAUGGCUAUUUCAGACACACAGAGAGAGUGGAUGUGCGAUGAUGGAAUUUGACAAUAAAAGAUUCUUACCACUGAC